AUGAAGUGGCUUUCCAUAGUAACGGUUUUAAUAGUUUUGGCUUCCAAAAUCCUUCAAAUGGAAGCGGGCAAGGGACUUUUGAAUGAGUUGAUAGCUAUUCCAACAUGUAACACAAUAAUCUUGGGCUCAACGGUGUUCCCGUGUGCUAACCAUUAUCAAAGGAACUGUCCCCAAUUACCACAGAACGAACCUAACCCAGGAGCUUGGAUGAGGAGAAAUUGCCUUGAUCCUACACGACCAACCGUGGUGACACCAUACUUCAACAGGUCCGAUACAGUAUUUAAUCACACUCGCACACAGGGAGAAGGCGUCGUUUUGAAAUGCCGCAUAAACAGAUUCAACAACAACUUUAUCUUGAAGUGGACCAAACGCGACACUGGAAGUACAUUGUCAGAACCGAUCUUCAAUAGUAACAUGGAAACGCCAAUCAACUCCCAUCGUAGUUUCUCUAUGGUGCGCAGCUUGGAUAAUCAAUCGGUUACAGCCGAACUGCGGAUAUCUAGACUCGGACCAAACGACGCCGGUGUAUACCGAUGCGUCUUUCAACAGAUAUCCGGCUUCGAGUCUGGAUCCGACUUGUCUGGCGAACAGCUGUAUCGGAUCGAUGUGAGAUAUCCUGCCCGAGUUCGGAGCAUCGGACCUCGUAUUGCACCAUUUUGGAGUUCGGAUCAACAGGAUACGUUUUACUUCAACGAAACAGCCAAUAUCACCUUGACUUGUAUAGCAGACGGAUAUCCGAGACCAGCUGUUACUUGGAGACUUCACGGAUACCCGAGUCUAUCCGAAAGGAUGAAGAGUUUUACCGACGUGGACGGAUCCCUUUACAUACCACAGAUAACGAGAAAUUAUUCAGGCAUUUAUAUAUGCUCUGCACGAAAUUCGCUGAACAGCAGGAAAUCAACCAGAAGAGUGGAGUUGAUCGUCCAAUAUCCGCCACAGUCUGAACAAAGUUACGAGGUACACAAACGAAGUGCUGGUCGGUACCUCCUCUUGCAAGGGUCUUUCACUGGUCUUCCGAGCCCGACAUAUCACUGGUUAAAAAAUGGAAAACUGUUAUCAGCCAGAAACAACUCAUCUGAAGCGGUGUCGGGUCGAAAGCUGGUCAUCGUAGGGAUUGAGCCAGGGAGUCAUUACGCAAAUUACACAUGCGUCGCAACGAAUAUUUUAGGAUCAGCGAGUGUAAAAUUUGAAGUAAACGGUAGCCCUUACCCUCCUGAAAUCUUAAACAGGCAAGCUCUGAGUACGAGGCGGAGAUCGUUUAAUCUGUCCUGGUCGCCUGGUCUGAAUUUUCAAAACGACAUACCUGUUACGUCAUAUAGAUUGCUUUACAGGAGAUUGGAAAUCAAGACGGAGGGGAACGAAAUGCAAGUCAUCUAUUACCCCAAUGAUGCUCCAAACUCCAUCAACCUUCCAGGCAAUGUCUUCAAAUACUAUCUCACCGAACUGAAGGAGAAUAGUACAUACGAGACAGAAGUUUGUCCGAUAAAUGAUUAUGGCAAGGGCGAUUGUGCAAACUAUACCUUCUAUACGCCCAAUGAGAACAGGAUUAUCUCUCCAACUACUUUAGAACAAAUAGAAAACUCGGCAGAGAUCAGUCCUGAAACAAAGUCGCUACCAUCUACCGGUCGAGCUUCAUGCAGUACGUCGCCCUCUAUCGGUUGCAUGUCGAUCUUGGUCAUACUUUCACUUUUCUGCACAUUAAGUACAUAUCUUUCGCCGAAUGAUAAAACAUAGAACUUGGAUACACCACUGCGAUUACAGGACUGGAGAAUUCGACCCUUGUCUUGAUACAGAUGCUUUUCUAUGAAAUUAGUCAUGUUGUAGAUUUUUUAUCUUGUAUCUUGCAAAGGAAUAUUGCACUUUGCUAGACAGCAUAUAUCCAUAGUGAAGUAACGACUAAUUUUAUUGAAGUAGCCAUAGAGUAGUCAGUUACGAUCAUGGGCAAGCAGCACAAAUCUUCGUAAUUGUUCCUACAUUUGAUGAAUAGGAUCGAUUACACAAUUAGGUUUAAAAAUAUGCCCAAAAUGUUGACAUUUUCAAGUUAGAGGGCUAUUUUCAUAAAAUGUACAACCAUUUUCGUACGUCCGACUCCUAUUUUCCUCAAUACUUACUUCACUUCAUUAACUG